AUGGCGGGUCUCAGGCGGCGGGGACUGACACACGACCCCUUCUCGGGCCCCGGCGGGCAGGUCUGGCGGCGUUCGUCCGCCCUUCCCUGCUCUCUCGCCGGGGCGGAGGCCAGGCAGCGCCGCCUCCCCAAGGCGGGAGGCUCCGGCGCAGCACACGGCGAUGCGACUCCCCGGCGGGACGCCGCCAGCCCGCCUCCUCCUCGCCCCCCGGGAACAGAGGAAGUGGUCUUUGGGAAAGUUGGAGGAAGCAUCCUCCUCUUAUGCAGAAAUGUCUCCAAAGAAGCAACCGAAGUGGUCUGGUUCCAAGGAGAUCCGCACUCUUUCCCCCCACUUUUCUCCUCAAGGGUCUCCUUCCCCCCAGACGUUCGUUUCUCCCUGGUUGACAACAGCUCCCUGCGCAUCGCAGAGCUGCGCGUGCAGGACGAGGGCAACUACACCUGCAAGGAAGUGCUGAACAAGACAGACCACGAGCACAGGGUCCAGCUCCGCGUAGCCAAUCCACCGCAUUCAUCCCCAAAGUGCUGGGCUGAGACUUCCUCAUCGGGGCUGAUGCUGCAGCUGUUUUGCAGCUGGCCUGGGGGGCACCCCCACCCCACCCUGCACUGGAGAGAAGAGGGGCACGAUCUGGAGAACUCAAGCUGGGUCAUCAGCUCCACGAGCUCCUCAGACACCCACGUGGAAACGCUGAACAGCUCCCACCUCUCCCACCGCAAAGUGUUCAAGUGUGUUGGGAGCCACGUUGUCAAGCAGGAGGAGCCAGCAUGCACUGUGGAGAUAAAAACCCCUUCCCUGGAAUCAGACCCCCCGAAGACCUGCUUUGUGGGUGACAACGUGACCCUGACGUGCCGAGUGACCGAGAGCACUCCGGCGGCGAGGCUCUCCUGGCUGCGGGACAUCACCCAGCCGGAGAUGGAGAUCCAGCCUGGCGGGAGGUACCUCAUCGCCCAGGAGGGCAACGUGUCCCGGCUCACCAUCCAGAACUGCUCCCAGGGCGCCGAUGGGGGCUGCUACGUCUGCAAGGCACAGAACCCCGUGGGGCUGAGGGAGCUGUUCGUCUGCCUGACGGUGAAGCAGCCGGCGAACAUCGUUGGGGUCGUGGGCGCAGUGGUGGUCCUGUCCCUGCUGGCUGUUCUCACCGUCACGGGCGUCGUCUUGUACUAUAACCCCCUCCUGUGCCUCAGAGGUGCUGCAUUCAGAAGUCCAGAUUCGGGUGACAUCUUAGUGCUGGUGGACUCAGAAGAUGACGAUGAGGGGAAAGGGGAAGAGGAGACUCUGAGCAGCUCCACCAAGCACGAGGCAAUGGUGCUGGUCAAUGGGAACAGCAUCCAGGCUGCUUACCUCAACUGCCUUACAGAAGGUGUCCUUUCCAAGAAGGUGACGUCCAGCGCAGGCAGAGCUUGGGGAGUGGCUCCCAGUAACCCACUCAUCGUGAUGCCUGUGACACUGGGAUACCAGUACCGGGUCCUGGCGCAGUCGCCACAAGCGGUGCUGGGGUUGUGGGGAGCACGGUGGACAAAGUCACCGCGGGGCCGCAGCGGUCCUGGGAUGAUGGAAACAAUGACUG